AUGAACCACGCGGUUGAUUUCCGGCGAAGAAGCAAGACGGCGCCGGCCCCCAAGCUCCGAGAGAUAGAGGUUCUUAUAAUCUCGGCGCAGGACCUCAAGGACUUGAAGCACUUAACGCAAAUGAGAGCUUACGCGGUGGUGUACGUCGAUAAAGACGUGCACGUGGUGAGGACCCGGGUGGACGAGCACGGCGGCACCAACCCGACGUGGAACGAGGUGGUGAGGGUCAAGUUCCGGGAGGAGAUGGCGGACAAGGAGCACGUGCUGGCGGCGGUGAAUGUCGACAUCUACGCUCACGAUCACGUGAGGGAGAAGCCGGUGGGGAGCGCAAGGGUGCUGCUCUGCGACGUUUUGUAG